GAAAUCCCCGACUGUCUGCUCAGGCCACCACACAACAAUGGAUACACUGAGAUGAUAUUUCAAUUCCGGCGCGUUGUGAGUUCCAACUCAUGUCCCCAUCUUCCUUUUUAAUCCCGGGCCUUUCAUAGAAAGGAAGAGACGAGAAGCACUAGUACGCUAGUGUAGCCUACUCUCGCCUUGGCCUUGUGGGAUCCUUCUAUUCUUAGUCUACCAGCUGAUCCUUUUGCCCGUUCUCUGAGCUACUGUUCUCAUCGUGAAUACGUCGUGGCUCUAUUUCUUCAACUACAGUGUUCUCACCAAAGUCGCGGAACCGAACGUUCGACUUCGUGGCCCAAAAUGGAAGACCCGGUUCCUCCAAAUUCCGUUCACCCAGAACAGUCGCCAGGUCCAGGACAGGGCGGCAGUGGCCGACGGGCAAAGCCAACGUUGUCCUGCAACCUAUGCCGUCGCCGAAAGUUGCGUUGCGAUCGUCAACAGCCUUGCCAGACUUGUUCUUCCCGCGGCCUGUCGCUCGCGUGCUCAUAUGCGCACAUCAAUAAACCUGGAUUAGUUCAGCCUCAUGUUGCCCGACCGAGUGUCCAGGACCGUCUUGUCCAGCUAGAGCAGCUUGUCAUGAAUGUCAUACAGAACCAGAACCAGAACCAGACCCAGACCCAGACCCAGACCUUAUCCCAGACUAGUGUCCCGCAUACUGGUGUGCCACAGCAGAGCACUGAGGAGGUCUUUAGCCCACCUACUGCUGUAUCGACUCCUUCGGACAAUGGCAGCUUGUGGUUGAGUGCUAACGAGUCUCGGUAUGUCGGCGGGACUCACUGGGCUGCUAUUCUUGACGGCAUAGCUGAUCUCAAAGAGGACGCCGACCAGCAAGGUAGCGGCCCACGACGCUCCCACCCCCAAUUACUGUAUGGGUGUCAGCCUAUCUCGAAAGAUGCUAUUCUAGGCACUCUACCACCGAGACCCUCAGUUGAUCGUAGUAUAUCACGCUACUUCAAUAUGCUAGACUUGGCACCAUCUGCAGUGCAUAGUACCCAGUUUCUCCGCGAGUAUGAGAAAUUCUGGAUGGCACCUCUCGAAGCCCCCAUUAUUUGGAUAGGCCUUCUCUUCUCCAUGCUUUGCCUUUCAGCCCUAGCUGAUGAAACCGCCGAUACAUGGGCAGGGGAGGACUAUAGUCCCCCAAUAGACCUAUAUCGUGAGAAGAUCGUCCAAUGUCUUACCAUCGGGCAAUACACUAAUCAAGGACCGUACGUCAUGGAAACACUCUUCCAUUACCUUACAAUAGAGUAUUCUGUCCGGAAAGAUGCAGACAAGAAUACCUGGCUUCUGCUUGGUAUCAUUGUGAACCUUGCUAUGGGAAUGGGUUAUCAUCGUGACUCUUCCAACUUUCCUGGCAUAUCCCCAUUCGUCGGAGAGAUGCGACGCCGCAUGUGGGCUACGCUUCUACAGGGUGACAUACUCAUUUCAACCCAAAUGGGAAUGCCACGCCUCAUCAAGGAAUGGCAGUGUGACGUGUCAAAGCCUCGAAACUUGAAUGAUACAGAAUUUGAUGAGGACACGGAAGUGCUCCCUCCAAGUAGGCCCGACACCGAGAUGACCACUUCAUUACAUAUUAUCGCUAGGAGAGAAGUGUUCAGGGCUGUGGGUGUGGCGAUUGAUUUAACAGCUGCGGUGGUACCUAUACCGUACAGUGAAGUCAUGAAAGUUGAUCGCAUUCUGCAAACUGCGAAAGAGAACAUCCCACCCCCCUUGAAGAUGAAGCCUCUUCAUUUAUCAGUAACUGACGCUCCGCAAGUCAUCAUGCAUCGACUCUUUAUUUCCACCAUGUUCCAUAAGGGCACGAUUAUACUGCACAGGAAAUAUCUGAAUGCGCGCAAUGCUGAAGGCGACGAUGUGUCCUUUGUUUACUCUCGUAAUGCUUGUCUCGAUGCCUCUUUACAACUUGUAGAUAUGCAGCAAAUAUUUGAUGAAGAAACUCGACCAGGCGGCCUCUUACACAGCAUACGAUGGAGAGUAUCCUCUUUCCUACAUCACGAAUUUCUAACAGCGACUAUGAUCCUAUGCUGGAUACUCCACCAUGGCGUCGAGAGGCUAUGGCCAGAUAACGCCGCAAGUACUGAAGAUCAGAUAAAGAUGGCUCUUAAAAGGGCUCAUGAUAUAUGGUCUAGGUUAAGUAGCUCUUCUCGUGAUGCUCGCAAAGCCUCUGAAAUUCUUACACUUCUGUUUAAAAAAGAACUGGGCCAAGUUUCAUCACCUCCUAGUCCGCAGUCCUCGUCUUUAGACUUCACAGGCACCAUGGAUCUUGAUAAUAUCAACCCUUUCAACAUCAUGGGCUACUUUCGGGAAGAGAGCUUCACGUCAGGUGCCACAGAAUUGUACGAACCAUACCAGAUGGGUCAGAUUCCCAUUUGGAAUAUAAAUUUCAACGAGCCAUGGGAUCCUCCCGAGCAAUCUAUUCCUGGUGAACUAAAAUUACUUCCCUAAGUACCUACACUAUGAGAACAGUAAAGGAAUUCUGAACCCCACGAGCCCCAGUUCCUCACUUAGGUUAGCACGGAGUUUCUCUAUGCGGCGUUGUCAGGGAUUGGUUACACUAAUCCGGGGUCUCACGAGGACUUCUUCACCCUUGUCUAUAUCU